UCCAUAGGAGCUCACAUGCAGACGGAGCAGGGCGAUGCAAGAGCCGAUUAUAUGACCUGCCAAGUCACCCUGUAAAUAGUUCUUACUGGCACGACUGGCACACUGUGCUGUACAUUUCUGUACAUAUUUCGUUAAAAGAAAGACAAUUAAAAAGUUAUAUGCUGUUUUAUUAUACUUUUAUCGUAUUUUUUUCUCGUAAUAUCCUUAUGGAAUGACUUGUACCUGCCUAUGACAACCGAUUGAAAUGUGAGAGGUGUAACGUUACCGACAUCCAAAACGAUAGCCAACUACACACAAUUUGAAUCCUAUCCUUUGGAAUAGUUCAUCGGUGUGGCAUCAUGGUGAUCGUAACGGAGAGAAGCCCGGGCUCCCAGCCCAACCAUACUCAUGGAAGGCCUCUACAGGUCGGCUUCUACGAGAUCAUCCGCACACUGGGGAAAGGAAACUUCGCUGUGGUCAAACUGGCAAGGCACAAAGUCACCAAAACACAGGUGGCCAUAAAGAUCAUUGACAAGACCAGACUAAACCCAUCCAACCUAGAGAAGAUCUACAGAGAGGUCCAGAUCAUGAAGCUGCUGAACCACCCCCAUAUCAUCAAACUCUACCAGGUUAUGGAGACUAAAGAUAUGCUGUAUAUUGUGACAGAAUAUGCCAAAAAUGGAGAGAUGUUUGACUACUUGACCUCAAACGGGCGCAUGAGCGAGGAUGAGGCACGGAAGAAGUUCUGGCAGAUCCUGAUGGCGGUGGACUACUGCCACAGGCACCACAUCGUUCACCGUGACCUCAAGACUGAGAACCUGCUGCUGGACACCAAUAUGAACAUCAAACUGGCCGAUUUUGGAUUUGGAAACUUCUACAACUCAGGCGAGCCCCUGUCUACGUGGUGCGGCAGCCCCCCCUAUGCAGCACCCGAGGUGUUUGAGGGGAAGGAGUACGAAGGGCCACAGUUGGAUAUCUGGAGUUUGGGUGUGGUUCUGUACGUUCUCGUGUGCGGAUCCCUUCCGUUCGACGGGCCCAGCCUUCCCGCCCUCAGACAGAGAGUCACAGAGGGGCGCUUCAGAAUCCCCUUCUACAUGUCUCAAGACUGUGAGAACCUGAUCCGUAAGAUGUUGGUGGUGGACCCAACCAAGAGGAUCAGCAUGGCCCAGAUCAAGCAGCACCGCUGGAUGCUGGCUGACCCCACAGCCCCUAACCAGACCCUCAGUAUGGCACUGCCCCUCACAGACUACAACUCCAACCUGGGGGACUACAGCGAGCCCGUCCUGGGCAUCAUGCAAAGCCUGGGCAUCGACCGCCAGAGGACCAUUGAGUCUCUGCUGAGCAGCAGCUACAACCACUUCUCAGCCAUCUACUAUCUGUUGUUGGAGAGGGACAGGGAGCACCGGGCCUUGCAGCUCAGUCGCCAGUGUGGACCCUGGACCCAGAAACCCAGGGACACCUCUGACUCCGGUACCCCAGAGGUCAUCAUGGAGGACAGCUUCAGAACUUCGGCCUACCCCAUUCAGUGCAAGACCACCCCUCCCAUGCAACCGGAGAUGGAAUAUGACCACGGUGCAUUGUUCCAACGUGUGGCGUUCCCGGGGGAAGCCAGUCUGAACCGCCUGCUGUGUAACCGCUCCAUCUCCCCCAACAGCCUGCUGGAGACCAGCAUCAGUGAGGAGGUCACACACACCUGCUCACCCCUCGUCCUGCCCACCACCACCUCCCGGCGACACACCCUGGCCGAGGUCUCCCCUCACUUCUAUCAGUGCAACCCCCCCUGCAUCGUGGUUAGCCUCUCCGAUGGUGCAUCGUCUGACAGCUGUUUGAAGUCCUUGUCCACCCCCAACCCUGCCCUGCGCCCUCCUGUGGGGGGGCUGUCAGCCAUGCCAGCCUCUGGGACUGGCCCCAGGGCGCUGAUCUCUGCCGGUACCCAGCUGGCCCUCUCCUCUCAUCUCCUCCCCCAGGCCCAAGCUUCCAGCUUCCAGGAGGGCCGCAGAGCCUCUGACACCUCCCUAACACAAGGUCUGAAAGCCUUCCGCCAACAGCUGAGAAAGAACACUCGCACUAAGGGUCUUCUGGGUCUGAAUAAGAUCAAUGGUCUGGCAAGGCAGAUCUGCCCUCUGACCUCCGACCACAGUAGCCGUGGCAGCCGGGGAUCAAUAGGUCCCACCAUCAAUGAGCACCGCAGCAUGCUAGAGGAAGUUCUGCAACAGCAAAGAAUGCUCCAGAUCCAGCACCAGCCCCAGGCUCCUCAGUCAGCAUCUACCCAGAACCCUCUGCUCUUCCUGUCCCAGCAGCAGCCCCCCCCCACAUCCGUUUACGCCACCUCAACCCUGUUUGACACCUCCGCCUCCUCCCUCCCCCAGGGGGAACAUCAACACCCCCUUUCCCCACACCAGAGUAUCCUGUCUCUCCAGCACGCCUUCUGGCAGCAGCCUUUGGAGUCAUCUUCCUCCUCCUAUGGCUCCUCUUCCUCCUGCUCCUCAUCAUCAUCCUCCUACUGCGCCUCCUCCACCUUCCUCUCCCCUGUGGCCUCCGCUGCUUACCUCCUCGAGGCUCGCCUUCACAUCAGCCAGCAACCCAGCCUCCAUCCCCAGACCAACCUACACUACCAACCCCAGGCCCAGGCCCAGAGCCAGGCCUUCACCCAGGACCCCUUACCCCUUGUGGCCAGGCAGGGGAUUUGGAGCCUGGAUUCAGCCUCCGGAAAAGAGUCAGAGAUGCAGGAGCUGAGCCUGGGUGGGCAGCUGAGCAGCUGUGUGAUGGUGAAGUAAUGGAAAGAAAGAAAGGAGAAACAGGAAACAACAAAUUCCUACUAGACCAGAGUACUUGUUCUGUAUGGCAACCAGAGUAAAAAUAUCAUGGUGAUGUCAUCACUGAUGGACAGGAAGGGUGAGCACUUUUUGACAGAGUGAACAGAACUUUGAGCUGUGGAGUUGCUCACAGAUCAUCAGAUGAUGAGAAGAUGAUAGGACGACAGAACAAAUUGUCCUAAGUGUGAAAAGAGAACUAUUGGGGAGAGCUAAAUGAAAAACUGAGCAUAGAAUGGACAGAUAAAGAAAGAAAUGAUGAAAGUGACAAAUCUAGAUUCUGUUGAACAACAUACAAAACACUCACAUCUAGGUGUGUGUAGCUGUGUGUGAUCACAUAAGCUGACAAUUAAGCAAUAACAAAACUCUGGAGAGGUGACUCUUGAGUUCUUGUCGGAUCCCCAGAGAAGCAAUAAAGGUCUGGGACCACCUCAACGCAACACUGUACCUGUCCUUUCUCCCUAAUAGGGACCCCAACUCACCCAUCUCCUUUUCUGGAGGGGUGUGUGAAGGACUCAUCUUGAAAAGACAAUGAGGAGUGGUAUCAAUGAACCAGACGAGGUAAUGUAAGAACUAUUUCAACACUUUUUUCCGUUUUUUUGUUUGUUUGAAAACUGGAGGAUCUAGUCUUCCUGAUUUUGUUCUUUGUUGCUUUUUCAGUUUUGCUCAGUUUUUGUAUAGAGACUUUUAUUACAUGUCAUUGUUUUUUACUUUAUUUUAGUUUUUACUUCAUUUGCAUUUUGGAGAAGAUAUUACUUUGUGUCCUACAAGCAUGCAGCAUCAGAACCAUUUUCAUCUUCAAACUUUCUUUGAACACAAUGCUACAGUGAUUUGACAAACUGCGAGUUGUUUGUGCAAGAUUCUAGCUGAGCUAAAUCUGCUUUUACCUCAGAAGAAGAUAAACACCUGCUAUAUCUUGUGUGUGUGUGUGUGUGUGUGUGUAUGUGUGUGUGUGUGCCUUACAAAAAGGUUGAUUUCAAUUUAUAAUUAUAUUUAUAUAUGGUUACUUUCUAACCAUAUUGUCUCUGUUGUUACGUCCUUUUGGUGAGGAAUCCUCCUAUUCUGCUGUUUUAUCACUACCUUCUCAGGUAACCAAGUCCCAAACAUGUGUAAACGUUGUCUAAACUUAAGAUCCUGAAGACCUACAGUAUAAGCAUGAUGUCAUUCCCUAUCAGAGGAAAACAAGGCUUUAACCACUUUACUUUCCACUUGAUGUAUAGGCUGUGUGUAGGCUAUAUGCUGUACUGCUUUCACAUAGGCAGAACAAAGACUUUGGGACUAUAAUGCAAUAUUUCACAUUGAAAUGCAGAGGAAAUGAGAAAUUAAGAUCUGACAGGAUUUUACAUUACCUGCCUGCUGGCAUUUAUUCGAUUUCCUUGUUUUUAUUAGUCCAUUUUUUCAUUUGUGUAUGAUUGUAAGAGGUUUUAAAACCUUUGGAGGGCGCUAGCUGAGUAGAUCAGGAAUCUGAACGCUUCUGGUUUUUUGAACAUGAACAGAGAUAUGAAUAAUGUAAAAGAAAGGACCCAAACCAUUUCAUAGUGCUUUUCCUCUUGACGUCACAGUUGCCUCUGUACAUUGGCAGAACUAGAGAUCAGCCAAAGAGAGAGCAGAGUAAGAGAAAGAAGCACUGCUUACUUUUCAGCAACUCAAAAUGCUAGCUAGCUAGUGCUUUCAUGGUGUACUCUGUGUGGCUCCUGCUAUGAGCAAGCUGCUUCUGCCACAAGAUGCGAAUGUGUUGAAAAUUCCCCUAGCAGUUGGGUUCCAGGACCAUGUCUGUAUUUGUUUUUGUAUUUUCUAAGAAAAGAAGAAAAGAAAUGGAAAACCAUUUGUAGCACUACAAUUUUUUUUGCUGCAAUGUGAGUUUUUCAAUGGAUUGGCCGUAGGUGGUAGAGGUCGCUAGCUAGAGGUUAAUACAACGCACUUGGGUGUAUGUGUUAGGCCUAUUUAUUUUUAGAGAAUGUGUUUGAAACAACACCAUUUACUUCAGCUGUUACACCAUGAUAGCAGUGCACCUUUGUUAUUUUGGCUAGUUUGACCAUAUCUGUGAAGUGGUCUUCUUUUGAACAACAUGUUGAAGGGAAAAGUGUUGGAAGCCUGAAGCUUAAAAGUGGUUUGAUUGAUUUCUCUCUGAAAUAAGCAGUGUUAAUAUUUCUAAAUGACAUUAUAUUUUGCUUGAUUACACUCACCAACAGUGCUUGUGCCUCCUUCAGAACAAACCCCCUAUGAUCAGAGUAACCCUCUUUUGUCCAAUCAGCACAAAGAGAAAACAGGUGGGCCCAUAAGACCCAGAUUUGUUACUUUUUCUGUAUUGAAGAAAAAAAUACUGCAUUUCACUUUACAAUGAAUAUAUCUCAUUUCUGAAAUAUGUUUAGUUUCUCUUGUUGGUUCAGAAAACUCUUCACAAACUUAGUUUGACCAAACUAUUGAAAAACAAAAUAACCUUUUCGACGCAGAUCUGUAAGAUGUCCUUUUUGGUCAAAUGUUGGAUAUGAAGAAAUAUGCGUUAUGAUUUUAUGAUUUUGUACUUGACUGUGUGUGUGUGUGUGUGUGUUUGUAUGAAUGUUAUAUAAAAACAAAGAUUGUUUAUUUGUGUGGCUAAUUUAUUUGAUUAAAACAUGAAUAAACAUGAA